UUAGUUUAAUUAUGUCUCACUAGUAUAACGUAAAAUUCAAAAGAUAUGCAGUAAAAAAUGUAAAUUAAAUUAUUGAGGGAGCAUUAACACAACAGGAUAACAGGAACCAAUAAAGGUGCAGUUAACUAUAACAUUACAGAAAAUAAUAUAGUCUGUGUACCCAGAAGGUUGGGCUUUCUUUUAUUUCGACGGACAACCGUGGACACUAGGACCCAGGGAAUAUUCCCAUCGUUUUAAUAGUCAGAGUUUGUAUACUUUACUUCGCCUGCAACUCUCUUGAGAAGACAGUAAGCGCAGUCAAAGUUGACAGUGUGUACUUGUGCAUAGCGUUCGAUUCGGACAUUUAGACAUGGAAGCGAACCGGGUCGAAAGGCAAUGUGAGAACACAGCCCAUUCUCCGAACCGGGACGCGGUUCGGGACCCCGGGCUCAGCCUUCAGAAAAGACAUGCCCGAGUUACGGUGAAAUACAACAGAAAGGAGCUUCAAAAACGUCUGGAUGUGGAAAAAUGGAUCGAUGGUGGUCUGGAUAAACUGUACCAGGGCAGGGAGGAGGAAAUGCCAGAGGAGGUGAACAUCGAUGACUUGCUGGCCCUGCCUAGUAACAAGGAGCGUGUGCAGAGACUCCAGGAAAUCCUCCAGUCUUGCGGUAAUGACACAGACGCCUUCAUCAAGGAGCUGCUGGAGAAACUAGAAGGGCUCCACAAACAAGAGGAGCUUCAGAAUGAUGGCAUUGAGCACCCCCACCUCCACGGCUACCGCCACCACCACCUGAGCCACCCCCACCAUCACUGAGCACCCCCAGCUCCCCCUCCGAUGGGACCCGGGGUAAGGCUCCACGCCUCCCAGCAUCCCCUGGGCUUGGUGCCCCACAGCAGAGAGUAACAGCAAGAAGAUGUGGGCCGUGCGGAACUGAACACACCCUGCCCUCAGCUUGCACUCGGGAGCACUUUUUGUGAAACACAAAGCCAAUGACUGUUGGUAGUGGCAGUUGCCACAUCUUCACAGUUUCCUCACAUCCCCCCAAACCAUCCCCCUGCCCUACACACACACACACACACGCACACACACACACACACACACACACUAUUAGGACAAACUCUCCUUUCUAUCUCCUUUGAUUGACAUGGGAGAUUAAUCUGUUUCUUUUUCAAGUUGGGCCCUUGCUAUUGAUUCAGAUUACCCUUACUGACUACCAUUUAAUUAAGUGGAUUUGCUGCUGAGCGCUGUGUGGCACAGUAGAGCCAAUUAUGAAGGUAAUGAAUGAGGUGCAAUGGUAGGCAGUAAUAUGAAGUAAUAUAUGAGGUAGGCAGAAGCCUUAGUCUAACAGACUGAAGGGCCUCUUCAGUAACCUUUACAAUAUUGUACAUCAUUUCUCAUAUAAACUGCAGUCACAUUGAUAAAUAACCAGAGUACAGUCUAACACAUUAGCCAUUAGUCUGUCAUGAAUGGCCUGUUUUUGAUUUGCGACACAGCUCCUCUGUAAAGUCCUCAUGACGAUCAUGUAUGUUGUGAUAAUGCUGGCACGCACUUGUUUGUUUUGUAAGAGUGUUGUGAUGAAUAGAACCAGUGUAAGCCCUCAUGAGGUCGCUAAUAAACCAUGAAGAAAAUUAGACCUUGUUCCAAUUUAAUCUUUGCAUACAAUUGGCAAUAUAAAGCAAGUGAUGUGAAUUGAAUGGCUUUUUUUGUUGUUCUUGGAUCCUUGGAUGUCUAUAGAAGAAACAAAAAAGAGACAAAAAGUAGGCUUGUCUAAUUAUGACUUGCAGUUAUCUUUAAAUGCUGGAAUAGCACUACUGCUAUUUUGGGGAGCCUACGAAUCAGUAACAAAUGAAAAUCGCUUUCAGGAAAUUAACAACAGGCUGGAUGAAUCAUCAAUGAUGGUUGGCUUUUAACAGGUGUAUGAUUUGUGCUGUAAGUGAGAAGUGUUUCAUGUGACUUCAUGACUGUUCUUCGAGGUUGUGCAGAAUUUGUAUUUCUUCAUGGGCUCUUUGAAAUGUGUUUUGGAGAUCAGUCCUCUCUGUUGUUAGCUUGGAUGUGUAAGCUGAACUUACAAACAAAAUAAAGCAAUUGCUUUGUUCACCUUCA